AGGUUAUUCCAAUCUGACCCCUACAAGGACGUCAUUAUUUUCAUGUUGAAUACUCAGACAAGAGUGCCAUGGAUGUAAAAGAAAGGAAACCGUAUCGAUCUCUGACUCGGCGCCGUGACACUGAGCGCCGCUACACCAGCUCUUCAGCCGAGAGUGAGGACAGCAAGGUACCCCAGAAGUCCUACAGCUCCAGUGAGACCCUGAAGGCUUAUGAUCAAGACUCCAGGUUGACCUACAGCAAUCGGGUCAAAGACAUGGUGCACCAGGAGGCCGAUGAAUUCUGCCGGACGGGAGCCAACUUCUCUUUGCGAGAGCUGGGUCUUGAAGAUGUGACACCCACACAUGGGACUUUGUACCGGACUGAUAUCGGACUGCCUCACUGUGGCUACUCCAUCAGCGCCGGCUCGGAUGCUGACACAGAGGCAGAUGUAGUCAUGUCACCCGAGCACCCUGUGAGGCUCUGGGGACGCAACACUAAGUCCGGACGCAGCUCCUGCUUGUCAAGCCGGGCCAACUCCAACCUCACCCUCACCGACACAGAGCAUGAGAAUACUGAAACCG